GACGUAUCUGUUCCUGGGUGAGUGAGUGACCCGGAUGUUAACGGAGCGGACACGCCGCAUCGCUGCUCUGUCGUGUCUGUCGAUGAGUCCAACCGACACGUUUCUCCGUUUCUCUGCUUCUGGUGACUUCUCUCCAGCUCAGGGAUGAGUUGACGAGCGCCUGACGAUUGGGGUUUUCCUGAAGAUGAGAUUAAUCUACCCACUGCCUGCUGCAGAGAGAAGUGAACCUGCUUUGGAGGAAAGCUAACCCACGAAUGGCCUGCCAGUCUGUAGCUGCAGUCAUGGACGAGCAGGCCCUGCUGGGGCUCAACCCAAAUGCUGAUGCCCGCUACAGGCAGAGGGCCAUGGCAUACUUUGAGCAGCUGAAGGAGUCUCAGGAUGCCUGGGAGGUUUGUGCUGCGGCUCUCGCUAAAGGGAUUUACAACGAUGACCACGUGAAGUUCUUCUGCUUCCAAGUUCUGGAGCAUCAGAUAAAGUUCAGACAUGCUGGUUUGAGUGCAGUUCAGCAGCAGCUCAUCAGAGAGACGCUGAUGAAGUGGCUCCAGUGUCAGGUACUGAUGAACCCACACCCUGAGAAACCGUUCAUCAGAAACAAGGCGGCUCAGGUGUUCGCCCUCACCUUCGUCAUGGAGUACCUGACUCUGUGGCCCAAGUUCUUCUUCGACGUCCUGUCUCUGGUGGGUCUGAACCCACAUGGCGUCGACAUCUACCUGAGGACUCUGAUGGCCAUCGACGCUGAGGUGGUGGACAGAGAUAUCCUGCACUCAGCUGAGGCUACUCGUAGAAACACUCUAAUCAAAGACGGCAUGAGGGAGCAGUGCAUCCCUCACCUGGUGGAGUCAUGGUUUCAGAUCCUGCAGACGUACCAGCUGUCCCAUCCGGAGCUCACCUGUCAGUGUCUGGAGGUGGUGGGAGCCUAUGUGAGCUGGAUCGAACUGAACCUCAUCGCCAACGACCGGUUUGUGAACCUGCUGCUGAGUCAGAUGUCUGUGGAGGAGCUCCGAGAGGAGGCCUGCGACUGCCUGUUUGAAAUCGUUAAUAAAGGAAUGGACCCCAUCGAUAAAACCAAGCUGGUGGAGUCUCUGUGCCAGGUCCUGCAGUCUGCCGGGUUCUUCAACGUGGAGCAGGAGGAGGACGUGGACUUCCUGGCUAAGUUCUCUCGGCUGGUGAACGGGAUGGGUCAGAGUCUGGUGCUGAGCUGGACCAAACUGUCCAAGACGGGGAACGUGAAGGACACGGCGGACACGCUGCAGGCCAUUGAGACCAAAGUGCCGCUGCUGCUGCAGCUGCUGGUCCACGAGGACGACGACAUCUCGGCCAACAUCGUCGGCUUCUGCUAUGAAUACCUUCACGUCCUCAAACAGCUCCCCCAGCUGACAGACCAACAAAAAACUAACAUAGAGGCGGUCAUGCUGGCUGUCAUGAAGAAACUGACGUAUGACGACGAGUACAACUUUGAGAACGAGGGCGAGGACGAGGCGAUGUUCGUGGAGUACAGGAAGCAGCUGAAGAUGCUGCUAGACCGCCUGGCUCAGGUCUCUCCCGAGCUGCUGCUGGAGGCCGUACGACGAGUCUUCACCAACACCAUGCAGAACUGGCAGACGGCUACAUUCAUGGAGGUGGAGGUGGCCAUCAGGCUGCUCUACAUGCUGGGCGAGGCUCUGCCUGCGUCUCAUGGCGCACAUUUCACCGGAGACACGGCGAAGACAAGCGCGCUGCAGGACAUGAUGAGGACGCUGGUGUCGUGUGGCGUGAGCGGUUACCAGCACAGCUCGGUGUGUCUGGAGUUUUUCGAAACAGUCAGCCGAUACGAUAAGUUCUUCAUCGUGGAGCCGCAGCACAUCCCCAAUGUUCUGAUGGCGUUUCUGGACCAAAGAGGACUCAGACACAACAGCCCGAAGGUCCGCAGCAGAGUGGCCUACCUCUUCUCCAGAUUCGUCAAAACUCUGCAUAAACACAUGAACGCCUUCAUCGAAGACAUCCUGACCAGGAUCCAGGACCUACUGGAGCUCGCUCCUCCUGAGAACGGUUUCCCGGCGAUGCUGACCAGUGACGAUCAGCUCUUCAUGUUUGAGACUGCGGGCGUCCUCAUCGUGAACGGAGAGAGUCCUGUGGAGAGGAAACAGGCUCUGAUGAGGAGUCUGCUACUUCCUCUCAUGGACGCCUUCCGCCUGCUGCUCGCUAAACUCCCGCAGGAGACCGAUGAGGAGAGGCAGACCGCGCUCGCAGACUGUCUGAGCCAUGCUGUCGGAUUCGCCAGUCGAACCAGUAAGGCGUUCAGCAACAAGCAGACGGUGAAGCAGUGCGGCUGCACCGAGGUCUACAGAGACUGUCUGCAGACGUUCCUGCCCGCACUGAGCUGUCCCGUCCAGCGGGGGGUGCUGCGUAGCUCGGUCCGCUCCUUCCUGCACAGAAUGAUCAUCUGCCUGGAGGAGGAGGUGCUGCCCUUCGUCCCUGCUGCCUCUGAACACAUGCUGAAGGACUGUGAGGCCAAAGACCUGCAGGAGUUCAUCCCGCUCAUCAGCCAGAUCACCGCUAAGUUCAAGCAACAGGUAUCCCCCUUCCUGCAGCAGGUCUUCAUGCCACUGGUUCUCGCCAUCUUCGAGGUGCUGGGCCGGCCGGCGGAGGAAAACGACCAGGCGGCGGCUCUGGAGAAACAGAUGCUGAGGAGAAGCUACUUCACCUUCAUUCAGACCAUCACAGGGAGCGGAAUGAACGAGGUGAUGGCCAACCAGGGAGCAGAAAACAUCGAGCGAGUCAUCUUCACCAUCAUCCAGGGAGCCGUGGACUUCCCCGACCCGGUCGCUCAGAAAACCUGCUUCAUCAUCCUCUCCAAGCUGGUGGAGCUGUGGGGAGGUAAAGACGGAAUGAUGGGUUUCCCUGACUUUAUCUACAAACACAUCGUCCCUGCGUGUUUCCUCGCUCCUCUUAAACCGACCUUUGACCUCUCAGACGCUCAGACAGUGCUGACGCUGUCAGAAUGUGCCGUCACUCUGAAAAUUAUUCAUCUCAAAAGGGGGCCGGAGUUUAUCCAGUUCCUGCAGCAGGAGUAUUUACCCUCACUACAGGUGUCGCCGGAAAUCUCACAGGAGCUUUGUCAAGUAAUUCAGCAGCCAGAUAUCAAAGUCCUGAAAAACUACAUAAAGGCGUUCUUCCAGCGAGCAAAGCUGUAGGAAAUAAAACUGGAAGGUCACGUUGGACUUAAAGGACUCUUCACAGAGAGUGGUCGUACCUUCACCACUAACCACAACAAACAAACAAAAGGAAAACUUAGCAUAGGAGCUGCUUUUGCACUUAAGAAGUGAACGCAUCACGAAGCGCGGUCUUGUCUGAGCAGAGAGACGUGGACGGGAGCUCGGCGGACGGAUGAUCCCUCCGGGCGCCGAUGAGACGAGCUCUCCACGAGGACUCGAGACGUAACGGAGCUCAGAGAUGUGGAGAAACUUUUCUGGAAACUUAAGAAGUCAAACGGAUCAGUGGGAGAGAAAACGACCUGUCUGGAAAAAGGUUUGGUAAAUAUCUUUAAACCCUGUGAACCCGACGAUAGCUUUAUUCUAGUCUUCACGGUAGAAACCACAUUUCAAAACAAGCUAGUUUGAGUUUUUUGGAUGUUGCUGCUGCCACAAGAUGGACAAAAAAAUAAGGGCUGAUUUUUAUUUUUAUUCAAGAUGUGGCAUUGAUUUUUUUUUUUUUAAGUGCUGUUUUGAGGGACGAAUGGUUUUAAGUUUGAAGUGAAUUGUUUAAUGCACUCAGCCCAAACACAGUUUCCCACAGGUUAACUGCAAACGUCCACACACUUUCAUUUCCUCAGCUCUUAGUUUGAAGUAAACCUCACCUGUACUAUCUCAACCACUCCUUCUACCUGUUACCUGAUGGGAUGGCGAUUCUCAAGCUUCGGUUACAUCAGCCCGUCAAAAUAUAAUGAAAUGUGAGACAAAGGUCUGUGGAAUAUUUUUCGUUUUUCCAGGAAAUAUGCCGAAUAUUUUGGGGCUGUUUAGAUUUUCAGAUGGAAUAAAUGAAAUAAAACGGAGGAACAAAGUGUAAAUAAGAGAAUAAGAUGUUAAAAUGUAAAUAAAGUUCCUAGCUUUAGUUUUUUUUAAUCUUCAUUCCCAUCUGGAAACAUUGUAUGGAAGCCUGUUCGUGCCAGAAAAUAAAAAAGGAUUUAAAGUUAGAAAUGUUAAAAAUUAAAGGAUAUAAUCUGAUACAUUUUGAUAAAGAAAGAUUUUACAUCCCAGAAAAAAAAGUUUGGACGCAGUUUAAAGUUUAAAACAUUAUAGUGUCACCCUGUUUAAGCUUUUAUUUAGGAGUCUGAAAAUAGUAGUGGAAUUAUUGUCCCAACUUAUUGGAAUUUAGGUAAAAGAAUGUCUCUUUGUUUUCAUUUUAAUUAAAAAAAACUCAGAAUGAAAAAGUUAUUCUUUCAUUAUUCUUAAUUUUGAUUGGGUGAUAUUUUGUUUUAGUGUAUUAUAAUUUUGACCUUACAAACCUUUCUUUUUAAUCGUUAAUGACAAUAAAUAAUAAAAGUAAAAAAUGCUAAUUUACUGCACAUUAUCCUUUUGUUUGAUUUGGUUGUUUCUAACUUUAGAAUUUGCCAGAAUCUCAGAUUUUUUGACACUUAAAUUCUCUUAAGACUUAAGUUACCCAUAAAAUGACCUCUGAGUAUUUACACAAAUUAUAAUUUGAGUUAUAAUUUUUUUUUUACAAGUUAAAAGUAAUUAUUUUCAAAUUUAAAUCUCUUUUAUAUAUCUAAUAAGGACAAUAUUUCAUUGAAAACUCUGGUAUUUCCAGUACUAUCUAAUUGUGAAGACUUACUGUUUAUUUCAGUCAUUGUUUCGACUGAUAAUAUUAUUUGGACUUUUCAGUUUUCGAUAAUAAAGUAAAAAUCUUGAAAUGUGAUUAGCUUGAAUUGUGUUUGUGUAAAUCUCAUCUAUGACUUUAAAUGUCAUCACUUUGAUUUCGAAUCUCCUAAAUCAACCUUUUCAGUAUUCUCUUUUUUUUUUUUCAUUCCUAACAUUUUAUUUCUUUUUGGCAUGAAUGGGCUUCCAUAGAAUCACAUGAACUCAUCAUAGGAAUCACUUAUGUACAUGUCGUGUAAAAACAUGAACCUGCUGGUGUACAGAAGCGGCUCCAUGAGUUUUAUAUAUAUCGAAGCAUUUGUGACAAUUCAGGAUGAUUGACGUGUUGAUGAUUAUGCAACGCUUCACUGCGAGCAAUACUGUGAAGGAGCAGCCAAACUAAUGAACCCAAUCAGCAACGAUGAAGAUGAGAUGUAACUGUACAAACCAUGUCUGGUAUGAAAAAACCACAUAUCCACUUUUAACUGUUGACUCUGUACAGAUGCUUUAGAUAUUGUGACCCCCCCCUCCCUCCCUUACACUCGUUCUGUUUAACUGUACAUCAGAAUUAACUUCCCCUUCAUUCACUGUUUGAAUCCGUUCGUGAUGUUCAGUGCAUUCCCUGUACUUUGGUUUAUUGCUCUUUUCAUUUGGCUUUAAAUUUUUGUAUAAUUUCCCAGAAACUUUGCCUUUGAAACCUCUGGAGAAAGUGCCUGAAAGUGUUGCAUUGAAUCAAAUAUUGACAUACAGGCAUGAAAAAUAAAUAAAUGUAACGCAUAAGUCUCGGUGUUAUUGUAUAUUUUUCUAUUUGUGAACGAAUCCCCUUAAAGGUAAAAAAACAAAAAAAAUGUCCAAACCUAAUAAAGUUGCUGUAAACCAUAAAAAAAUGAAUAAAUAUGUCACUAAUAAAUGUAGUUUUAUUUUUAUUCUCAAAUAAAAUCAUGUAAUGGGGACUAUAUUUCUUAGCGGAUGAAUACACAACUGGGUUCACACUCAAUAUUAACUUUUUUUACUCUUAAUGUGGGAUUUGUCCACAAGAAAAAAUGUAGAAUAUCCCCAACCCCGUCCUUUAAAGCUCCUGUAAGGAAUUUUCAGAUUGUAUCCAUGCUAGCGCCCCCUGUUGACAAAGUGGUGCCUCUUAUUUUGCUACUGAUUUUGUCCCGUAUUGUUAAAAAAAAUCUCACCUUACUUGUUUAAACCCUCAAAUGUAUCACUUGCGACUCUCUGCAGUGGAAAAUGUAAACAAACGCUAAUACCGCUUUAACACCUCGACACCUACCCUCUCCAAGAGGUUUCAGAUAUUAAACGACUCUACAAAAAUGUUCCAUCUUUACGCAGAUGGUCCUGUUUGCUUCUGUAGCUCAAAAAGAAAAAUCAGUGUUAAUCUAGGUCUGUUUUUUAACAAGCUAAAAAAUUCCUCACGGGAGCUUUAAAUAAUUUAAAGAUGAAAAAUUUCUCUGAAUUCAAUCUGUUGACAUGAAAUCGGUCUGUGUGCUUCUCAAGUUGAGUUCAAUGGUUCAACACAUCAAACAGUAUGUUCAACUUUUAAUUUUUUUAACCCUUAAUGUGGGAUUUGUCCACAAGAAAAAAUGUGCAGAAUAUCCCCAGCCCCGUCCUUUAAAGCUCCUGUAAGGAAUUUUCAGAUUGUAUUCAUGCUAGCGCUCCCUGUAGACAAAGUGGUGCCUCUUAUUUUGCUACUGAUUUUGUCCCGUAUGUGUUAAAAAAAAUCUUGCAUUGCUUGUUUAAACCCUCAAAUGUGUCACGACUCUUAGCAGUGGAAAAUGUAAACAAACGCUAGUACCACUUUAACACCUCGACACCUACCAUCUCCAAGAGGUUUCAGAUAUUAAAUAACUCUAUAGAAAUGUUAAAUCUUUACACGGAUGGUCUUGUUUGCUUUUGUAGCUCAUAAAGAAACAUCAGUGUAAAUCUAAGUCUGUCUUUGUAACAGAUAAAAAAAUCCUCACAGGAGCUUUAAGUCAUUUAAAAAUGAACAAUUUCUCUGAAUUCAAUUUAAGUUCUAUGGUUCAACACAUGACAGAAACACCUCCUGUUUUUACUCAAAUUUAAAUUUAUUUCUUCAGUUUAUUUUCUCUUAACUGUGUCAACACUAAAAGGUCAACGAAACUGCGCCACACAGUGGACUCUGUCAGAAUCAGCACUUCCCCUGCACCUCACUCCCUUGUUUUUACCCUCAAUGCUCUGAAUCCUUCAUCCUACCAUUGCAGUAUUUCUGACUCUAGCAGUCAUCUCUGUUUGUCCUUCCUGCAGCAGAUUUAAAGGACAUCAGAAAAAGGUUUAAACGCUAUGACUGCUUAAAAAUCAGCUUCUAUGGAUGCUUAUUGAUGAAAAAUGUUUUCUGCAGCCUGUUUGUAUUUUAUUAUUUCAUCCUUAGCAAACCUGACGUCUGAUCAUAUCUGACAAGAACUUGCCAAAUGAAUUAAUUUGUUCAUUUAUGGUGAAAUGUGUUGAUUUGUUUUGUUUCUUUUUGAUAUGGAGAUGAACCUUCUGUAAGCGCAUCUGUUAAACUGAAUAAAGUGUUUACUAAUCAUCAGAAA